CUCUCUCUCUCUCUCUCUUUCACACACAAAAACACACACCACAACCACCACCACCACCCUUCACUUCUGGCAGAGGGAAGAUAGGACCACAGGAGAACUGUUACACACCUUUACUACCAGCUACUCACCCAGCCAUCGACAGACACUUUGCCCAGGAUGUGGACGCUUGUCUUGGGGGUCACCUUUGGAUUAUUGGCCUCCUCCUGGUCGGAACAACUUCAAGUGAAUUCCCGCAGCUGCAGUUAUGUCGGAGUAUUUCUGGCUGAGGGAGCGAGCCGUCACUCCUUGAACUUUGACACAGCUCAAAAGGUGUGUGAGCAGCUGGAGAGCAACUUGGCGAGUGCAGAACAAGUCCAGGAGGCCUAUGAUAACAACAUGGAAACGUGCAGAAACGGUUGGAUCAGCAAUAUGAGCAUUGCCAUACUCAGACACUCGCACCAUGAAAACUGUGCAAAGAACAUGACAGGCUUCAUUAUUUAUUCACGUGAAAAGCCUGAAGAACUCUUUGAUGCCUUGUGCUAUGAUGAUGAAGCUGGGCCCAAGAUGAACUGCACGAAAGCUUUUUUAGAAAAGGAAAUCUUACCCUCAGAUGCACCAGCUGAAUCCCCACCACCUUGGUCCCCAACAUCAGCAGAGGGCCAGGAAGAGACCAUUCCAAAAACCCGACCCGAGGAUGCUUCUGGUAGUGAGGGCGGUGAGCCGACAGUAGCCGCUGGGGAAAAUGCUCUUGGGGAUGUGAUCAAAAUUACCCCAUCAGCCACCGCUACUCUCACCAGUGUGGGGUCCACUUUCAUCCCAAGCGAGUUUGACAAUCCCGCUGGAUCUGGGGUGAGUCCAACCCUCCCUGAGGAGGAGGAAGCCUCUCCAAUGGAACCUGUUGGAGAACCAGAGAAAACACAACCUCCUAUUGAAAAUGAGCAACAGCCUGAUGGAGAGGAUGCCAUAACAGAGCCUCCACAACAACGACCUAAUGGCAAAGGACGGGUCCUGGGUCCUGCUGAGACUGAUCACUCGGAGAGCAGCAAUUCAUCGAACUGGCUGGUUAUCAUUGGAGUGAUUGUAGCCGUUGCUGCUAUUCUUCUUGUGUGCGCAAUUGUUGCCAAGAGAAAGAGCUGGUGCGGCAAACAGCAGACCCUGAUGAUCACAUCGAAAGACGGUGGCGAGGGAAACGGGGCUGCAGCAUCAGCAUCCAGCCCCCACGCCCAGGAGAGAGAGCAGGAAAUGGUGACCCUCAUGAACAAGGAGAAGAUCCAGGAGAACGGCAACACAGAGGAGUUCACCGUCAUCACACUAGAGGAGUCGCCAGAUAAAGAACAGCUGGCGUGAGAGAAUAGAUAGGCAGGGUUAGAGUGAGGAGAUUGUUAGAUUGGACGGGUUGGGGCUCCAAACACGGGUUGGGGGGGGGGGGGACCGCGACUGCUCUAGUGGCCAGCAUUGGAUGGACACUGAGCAAGGGUAUAUGUGUGUGUUAUUUAGAAAGAUUGUCUAACUGAGGUACAAUAUUGUACUGGGUCUGCAGGGUCUUUCAAACCAACAUGUGCAUCAUUUUGUUUGUCUGGUAUGCCAGGUUAGCUAGGACUGCAUGGCAGUCAAAGAGCAUCAUGGUGGGGAAUCAUGCAUUGAUGCAGCAGGGUGUGUGAAUGUGUAUCGUGUCACUUCUGUGUGUUUGUGAGUUGUAUGCUUUGUUAAUGAUGGCGCUGGAUAGACAUGGGUUUUAAAGGGAGGGGUGAUGAGGGUCUGAUUUUUUUUUUUAUAUAGUUGGUGGAUCCCAAAUUGUAGGGCCUUUCGUUCUAAAUGAGAAAUGAUGAGUCAAUGAUGACAACCGUUAUAUUUGAGAUACUGCGGAUUGAAAAAAAAAAUAAAUCAUGAUUUCGAGCAAAACAACCUUUGAUGUUUUACAUGUGUUUCAUCUCUUUUUUUUUUUCUUUUUUUUUUGCUUAUUGUUGUAACUUUGUGUAUAUUUCAGACAUUGCCUGUGGACUGGAGAUUUUUUUCCAUUUUUAAGACAAUUGGGGAUGUCACUACCUUAACGUAUGCAGCUUUGAUUCCCUUUUUCUUGGUCUCUGUAUAUAACGUAUGUGUUUUGGAAAUGCCUUAGCAAUAGCUGCCAGUGCUUUUUGUUGUUUGCUAGAAAGGGGCUUUGUAUCCCCUUUAAAUAAAGAGGUUUUUUAGGGUUAUUUAAUUAGAAGACAGUAUCUCCGAAGUACACAUUUGUGACUGAAUUUUGCAAUAGUCAGAGUGGAGUGGAUAUUGUAUGAAUCAACUUGAUGUAUAGCAUCUAAAACUGUGCAAUUGAUGCACCACUGAAGUCAGUUAUUAUGGUAUACAUUUAUAUUGGAUUGGGAAUAACGAUGAAUUCCCGAAUGUUAUACUGUAGGUAGCAUAAUAAAAAAAUAUGUAUGCAUACUAUAUACACAGUGUGUACAUUGAUUAAGGUAAAAGAAAGAAUAGGAUAAAUUCAUCAUAAUUUGAGUGCAAAAUGUAUUCUCAUUUGUGUCAAGUGAGUGACAGCGGCCUAGCUUUAGAUGAUAAACUACAUGGCACCUAUGAUAAUGGGGAGCAUAGCACAUAACAAUGUUAAGGUUUCUUCAUACGAAUGGGGCUGUGACAAUGUUGUCCACGUGCUCCCGGGGGGGGAGGGGUGUGAUGAAUGAAGCUUGUGUGCUUGCCCAAGCCCCAAUGUGCCCGGCUUUUUACAUUUCACACAUGUAAACAAAAUGCUGCCGUUUUUUACUGAUCGUCUCAUUGGUGAAAUAUAUCAUACAUUGUGUCAUAUCAAUAUUGUUCUGUGUGACAGCUCAUUCUUUCUGGUUCAGUAUGAAAAUGCAGAAUUACAUACAGCGAUUGCAAACAGAUUUUUGUUUUGUUUCUGACUUCUUCUGUUUUUCCCCCUGCUUUUGCUCUCAUGAUUCCUUUUGAGGAGAAGUAGCAAAUGUACUAGAGUAGGCAGGUUUUAUGACAAAUUAACAAAAGAUGUUGCUGAAAAGAUUUGUAAUGUCAUGGACGAAAAUAAAUGUGCAUAGAAAGAGA